GACUGGAGAGUUUUAUUCUAUCGAUUGUUACGUGUCGCUUUUGUUAGACAACGCUAUUGGAUUAAAGAAAAUCGAGGUAAAAUGGCUCGUUUGAUGUUUUUUUUUGGUUUGAUGUUAGUUUUAAGUUGCGGGGCAAUUUGUUCCUCUGCUCUUACCACAUUUUCCUUGGAAGACAAACUGCAAGAAUUAGAGGUGAGACUAGAAGCCAAAAUUGAAGCUAAAAAUGCUCAACUUGAAGAAAAGGUGACGCAACUAGAGGCGCAACUCGAACUGAAUAAUGAACUAAGACAAGAUUUGGCAUUGAAAGUAAUUCAAUUAGAGGCCAAAAAUGUCCAACUGGAAGUCAAAAUUCAGGACCAAGACAGAAUUUUAACUUCCUUAUUAAAGGAAGCCGCUGAACUUCGGGUUUCCACUGAUUCAAAAUUAUUUCCAGUUGAUAAUAAAAUUUCAAUUCAAUCAACUGGAAAGAGUGGAAUCCCAAGGACAUGCAAAGAGCUUCGAGCGGCCGAUCCUUCAAUUUCAUCCGGAAUGCACUGGAUCGAUCCGGACGGACAAGGUGUCGGCGAUGACUCAAUUUACGUUUACUGCGACAUGACAUCAGGAUCGACCUCAGUUCUACACGAUAGUGAAUCUUCUUUAAAUGUGGGCCACUGCGCCGAGGCCGGGUGCUAUUCACGCUCCAUCAACUACAAUUCGUCAAUGGGACAAAUAAAAGCUUUGAUGGAAUUAUCCACUGAAUGCCACCAGUCGAUUAAAUACGAUUGCAACUAUGCCCCAUUCGAGUCAAAUGGCGUCGCCUAUUCGUGGUGGAACGACAGAGAAGGAAAUGCGAAAUACUUUUGGGCCGGAAGUAACACGGGCGGAGUUCACACCUGCCAGUGCGGAAUCGAUGCGAAUUGCGUCGAUCCUGCAGCGAAAUGCAAUUGCGAUGCUCUUGCACCAAUUCAAUUAGUCGACGACGGAGUCAUUACCGACAAAAAUGUUCUGCCCGUCACUCGUUUGAAUUUCGGACGAACUCAACUGGAAACUUCAUCCGGCGUCCACACGCUUGGCCGACUCGUGUGCACCGGAUUAGUGACUUUGACUGGACUGCCAAAGUCGUGCCAGGAUUUGUGGUUAAUUGGCCACACCCUGAACGGAUUUUAUUCCGUCAUGGGAUCGGCGAUGAUGGAAUCAGUUUACUGCGAUUUCACUAAACUCCCUGACGAUGCGGGUUUUCAGAAAUGGAUUGGAUACGCCGACGUCAAAUCGGCGCCCGUCCAUUUCUACGUCCAGAGAAAUUCUAAUUUUGGCACAAAAUACACUCCGAUUCCGUUCGAUUUGGCGCGGGUGAACGAGGGAAAUGCCAUGAAUUUGACAUCGGGGAAAUUCACGGCACCGCGACCGGGAAUUUAUUUUUUCUCUUUCGCGGCAGUGGCGCAUUCUGAAUCUUCAUCUUCUGGUUGCUGGUUUUCUUCUUAUCUUUUUUUGAACGGGAAUCUAAUCGGGCAGAGUCAUGUUGCAGAGAAUAACACCCCCGUUUUUCAAUAUAGUCCGUUGACCCUCCAGUCGACGCUGAACUUGCAAAAAGGUGAUCGAGUCUGGGUGGAGAUUGAUUAUUCUUGUGAUUCACCCUCGUAUUUGUAUGAGUCUGAUAGCAAUUCCCACUUGACCCAUUUUACGGGUUUCAUGUUGGAGGAGGAAAUUGUUGCGUCCCUUUGAGGUUCAACAUCCAAAAUGCGCAAAAUGAACGUCGACACGAGAUUUAGGGGAGGGGAAUUUUAAGGGGGAAGGGUAAUAAACUAAUUCGUGUCCAAUUCAUUAAGGAAUGGACA